AUGUCUCGUCUAGUACAUAUCCUGCGGGCCGGAAGACUUCCUUACCAGCGAGCAUUAAAGCUUCAACAAACCAUCGCAAACCAGUUACUCCAGCAGGCCAAACAUCCACCGAACGACUUGAACGUUCGAUCGCCACCCUAUCGCAAUGUUCUCAUCCUAACCGAGCACGAUCCGGUUUACACCAUCGAUUCCACGGACCGGGACAACUCGUCGCGUAUCCUAUUCUCGACCUUAAGCACUUUCAACCAAAACCCCAACGUGGUAACACGCAACAGCGUUAAGCAGUCGAAGAUACGGACACGUGCACAACAGGCAGCAAUCGAGGCGGAAAAGGAAGAGCGACGGGCUAAGUUUUUCGGUGGGUACCGGACGGCUGGCAAGGUUAGCAUAGCGGAAGCGAAGAAGCAGGGUAAGCUCAGGAUGUCCGCGAACGGUACCGAUCAGCCGCACAGCUCUGACUUUACCGAUGUCCAGCUGAAGGACAUCUUCCACAAUGCGCAAAGCAUAGCGAGCGUUGAGCGCGGUUCGACCGGCAUUUUGUACGACGAUCGUUUUGCACUGCACCGCUGUCUGUGGGACAGCAACUACCCGGAAUGUCCCGAGCGAUAUCUGCGCGUAAUGGAGCGUCUCGCGAUGGGACAGCUGGUGGAACGGUGCCAGUUUAUAGCGCCGCGACCGGCCACAAGAGCGGAGAUAUUGACCAAGCAUACGGAGGAACAGAUAGAGAUACUGGCGAAAACACACGGUUCGCAGGAUGAGACAGCUCUGGAGCGAUUAAGCUCCCAGUACGACGCAAUCUUCAUCCAUCCGUCGUCAUAUGAGACGAGUGUGCUUUCGGUCGGUAGUACAAUACAGCUCGUCGAAAACGUGUGGAAUGGUACGGUGCAGAACGGGAUGGCCAUCCUGCGACCACCGGGUCAUCACGCCAUGACGGCAGAAUACAAUGGCUACUGCUUCUUCAAUAAUGUCGCCAUUGCGGCCCAGCACGCACUAGAUCAUCUCGGUGCGCGUAAGGUACUGAUCGUUGACUGGGACGUUCACCACGGUCAGGGAACGCAACGGAUGUUCUACUCCGAUCCCAGAGUGUUGUACUUCUCCAUCCAUCGCUACGAGCAUGGCACGUUUUGGCCCAACCUCCGCGAAUCCGACUUCGACUACAUUGGAGAGGGUAAGGGUGAGGGAUACAACUUUAACGUACCGCUCAACAAGAUCGGCAUGACGAAUGGAGAUUAUCUUGCCAUCUGGCAGCAAAUUUUACUACCGGUAGCAGCAGAGUUCCAACCGGAGCUGAUAAUAAUAUCAGCUGGCUACGAUGCUGCGUACGGAUGUCCAGAGGGUUGUAUGGAAAUAACGCCAGCAUUCUAUUCGCACCUGCUUAGCCCCUUGCUCUCGCUGGCACAGGGACGUGUGGCGGUCGUGAUGGAGGGUGGUUACUGUCUCGAAUCCCUGGCCGAAGGAUGCACACUCACGCUUAAAACACUGCUGGGUGAUCCGUGCCCUACUCUGGUGGAAAAGCUACAACCACCAUCGGAAAGCAUGCAAACGUCCAUCCUGAACUGUAUCUCCAGCCACCGAAAGUACUGGAAGUGUCUUCAGUUUUAUGAACUUUACGACCUGGAGGAUUACAACAAUACCAAUCCGCAGGAUAAUUUCCACAAAGUGAUCAAAUCCUACAUUCCACCGGAACCACCGGUCCAGCCGGGACAAUACGAGACGCGCAACUGCUAUCCGGUACAGUCGGAUGAGGAGCGUACACGCUUUCGGGAGCAUCUGCAACGGUUGCGCAUCAACACGGACCUGACCGUACCGCCGAACCGCGUUUGUUUCGUGUACGACGAGUUAAUGCUGGAGCAUCGAAACAGCCAGGAAAAGUGGCACCCGGAGCAACCGGAACGCAUCGCAAAGAUAAUGCAGCGGCUGUCGAUCGACUACCAACUGGCAAAGCGCAUGCAGCGGGUUGCCGGACGACCGGCCACGAACGAGGAACUAUGCCUGGUGCACGAUCCGAAGCACAUCCAGUUGAUCGAGCAGCUGUGCGAAUCGUCGGGCUCGAUGAAACAAACCGCCGACCAGUACAACUCGAUCUACUUCCAUCCGAGCACGAACGCUAGCGCCCGUAUGGCGACCGGCUCCGUGCUGGAAGUUGUGUCCGAGGUGCUCAGUGGACGGGUACGGUCCGGCGUGUGUAUCGUACGUCCGCCCGGGCACCAUGCCGAACCGGACACACCGCACGGUUUUUGCAUUUUCAACAACAUUGCCGUAGCGGCCCGACAGGCCGUGGAGCAUUACGGGUUGCGCCGGGUGUUGAUCGUUGACUGGGACGUCCACCAUGGUAACGGUACGCAGCACAUCUUCGAGAAUGAUCCGCGCGUGCUGUACAUAUCCGUGCACCGGUACGACAACGGGUCGUUCUUCCCGAACAGCACCGACGCGAACUACACUGUUGUGGGAAGCGGACCGGGCGAAGGAUUCAACGUAAACAUUCCCUGGAACCGAAAGGGUAUGGGCGACCCAGAGUACGUGGCAGCGUUCCACUCGGUCAUACUCCCGAUAGCGUACGAGUUCGAUCCGGAGCUGGUGCUCGUGUCGGCCGGUUUCGAUGCGGCCAUCGGUGAUCCGCUCGGUGGAUGCCGCGUUACACCGGAAGCGUACGGUCACUUUACCCAUUGGCUGUCCUCGCUGGCAGGCGGACGAAUAGUGGUGUGCCUCGAGGGCGGUUACAACGUCAACUCCAUUUCGCACGCGAUGGCCAUGUGCACGAAGGCGCUGUUGGGCGAUCCAUUACCGAUGCUCCUUCCCGGAAGCUCACGUACCACUACCGGUCCAAAUUCAUCCUGCUUCGAAACGCUGCGAAGCGUACUAACGGUGCAGCAAAAGUAUUGGCGAUCGCUGUGCUUCAACAAGAAGCUACCAAGCUGUCAGCGUCUGACGGGCAGCAUGGAGCACACCGGCGAAUUGAUUGACGCGCUUGACUCGAUGAGUUUGAAUGAUGCGGAAUCUUCCAAACAGGCAACUCAAUCCUCCUCAACUCCUUCCUCCUCAUCCGCAUCGGAUGCGGCAGGGUCAGGUUCCGGUGAACCCUCCGGAGCGGUUCAAAAGCGUGGACCAACGUUAACCGACUUUUUGGAAGCAAAUCUAGAGGCAUUACAAAACGAAGAAAUGUUUGCUGUUAUACCGCGCAAAAACUGUCCACACCUGAAGCUGCUACGACCGGAAACUGCUCCGUCAGCCAUCGACACACAAACACCGUGCAGUGAUUGUGGUGCGGAGGUGGAAAAUUGGAUCUGUUUGCUGUGCUACGGUGUGUACUGUGGCCGGUACGUGCAGGAGCAUAUGCUGCAGCACGGUACCGAAACUGCGGACCAUCCGCUGGCCCUUAGCUUUACCGAUCUGUCCGUAUGGUGCUACGGUUGCGAUGCGUACAUCGAUCAUCCGGCCCUGCAUCAUUACAAAAAUUUGGUGCAUCUGGACAAGUUCCAGGAACCGCUCGUGUGGUCGUACGGUAGCGAUCUGGUGCUGGAUGUGGUUAAUGCCGGCGCAGGCAGCAGCAACCAAAGCCGCAAGGGUGACUGA